UCAUCUUAUUUAUCUGGAAAUGACUUAUACCCCAUGGUUUCAGCCUCAAACUUCUAGGAAUUAGUUUUGAGUCAUGGCUUCCAAAUGCAUCGUCUCUCAUCUCCAUUUGUAUCCCCACCUUUCUCUUCACUCUGCUAUACCUCAUCAACAUCCUAACUUCUCACGCCUUCCUCCCACUAACGUAUCCUUACCAGUCAAAUUUAAGGCCUCGUUUCCGAAAAGAUGUAUCAUUUUAGUCCCCAGGGCAUCAUCAUCGUCUUCAGGUCAAUCCAGUGUUGGAAAAAAGUUUUAUGAAUUUGAUCCUCAUCCAACUCUCACCAAUGAUGACCUCAAGCCGACAAGACCAAGUCAAAGGAACUACCACUGGAAGCAAAUGGCCAGACAUUGGGUUGGUCUUGUUGUUGGUGUUCCAGCAUAUUACAUGGCAGGUAGUCUUGUUGAGCUGGGGAUGGCUUGGUGGCAAGGGAUUGCCACUGUUGUUGCUGCCAACAUGAUUUUGUUAGUGCCGUUAGUCCUCACGGGUCACCCUGGCACCAAAUAUGGAAUCUCUUUCCCUGUCCUGGCGAGAUCAUCUUUUGGCAUUCGUGGUGCACAUGUUCCUACUUCGCUUAGUGCUUUGGUUUGUUGUGGGUGGUAUGGGAUAGAGAGUUGGAUUGGAGGUGAGGCUAUCUACCUUUUUCUCCCAAACUCCAUUAAACAAUCUUCCUUUUCUCAACCCUUACCAUGGCUUGGCACUUCCCCUCUUGAAUUCGCUUGUUUUAUUGCCUUUUGGUUGGUCCAGCUGGUCGCAGUUUUGAAGGGUAUGGAAGGGGUUAAAGCCUUCCAAAAGUACGCAGCACCCACACUGAUCAUGCUCACAUCUUUUCUUCUCAUUUGGGCUUAUGUCAAGGCUGCUGGUUUGGGCCACUUACUAAACAUGUCCUCUAGGCUAUCCUCCUCGGAGUUUUGGUCUUUGUUUUUCCCUUCCCUCACAGCUAAUAUAAGCUUCUGGACUACCAUAGCACUCAACAUUCCAGAUUUUACUCGGUUUGCCAAGACUCAGAGGGAUCAAAUUAUUGGUCAGGCCGGCCUUCCUAUCUUCAUGGGAUUAUUUACUUUUGUUGGCCUAGCUGUAACAUCUUCUACUCAAGUUAUUUUCGGCCAUGUUAUCUCUAAUCCAAUUCACCUUCUUGGCCAAAUUGGAGGAUUGACAACAAUGAUACUAGCCAUUCUAGGAAUAAGCCUAGCCACAAUGGCAACCAACAUUGCAGCCAAUGUCGUUGCGCCAGCAAAUGCAUUGGUCAAUCUCUACCCUUCCAAGCUCACAUACAGAACAGGUGCUCUGCUGUCAGCAUUGUUUUGCGUUGCGUUUCAGCCAUGGAGACUGCUAAAAUCUAGUGAGAGCUUUGUAUAUACAUGGCUAGUGGGAUACUCAGCGUUGUUGGGUCCAAUCGGUGGCAUUGUCUUAGCAGAUUAUUAUCUUAUUCGGCAAACCAAAUUAAGCCUCAAGGACUUGUAUUCUUUAAGUCCCGAGGGGGCUUAUUACUAUUGUGGAGGCUUCAAUUUGGCAGCAUUGGCAGCUCUAGUAAUUGGGAUUUUGCCAGUAAUCCCAGGAUUCUUGCAAAAAGUGGGGAUUGUAUCAUCAGUUUCAGAUGCUUUUGUUGUCAUAUACAACAAUGCUUGGUUUUUCAGCUUCUUCUCUGCAGGUCUAUUAUACUGGAUUUUGGCAAGUUUGAGUUUUGAGAGGGAAACAAAGUAAACAUAUACCCUUUGAUUGAUCCCCUUUUGCCACCCGCAACCUAAGCUAAAACUUCUCAAAUAUACUACAUUUAGUUUCUCUUUAUUCCAUUGUAUACUUUAACUUGAACCAUUUAGACUAUACUGUGAGGCCAUUAUUAUGCAGAUGUAAAAGACUACGCAAGCCUGCACCUGUACUGUCUAGCUUUUUCAUGAAUAAAACCCGCACUACUGCCAUUCAUUCCCAA